CCGCAAGUCGAUUCGGGAAUGCGCAAAACGCAUAGCCCAGCGAGGGAGAUGAAAAGUGAAAGUUACUGGGCCGUGUUUCCCACCAAGUUCAGCCUUUUUAUGGGACCGUGAAAUCCUUCCCUUCCUCGCCCGGGUGGGUCACUCUUUGUGGCCCCACUUUCCCACUUGCUGCUCUGUUCUGUCUUAGCCUCUGCUUGCCUGCUCCCCUAUUUUACUUUUAUUUUCUUUUCAAACUCCUUCAUGUCUCUUUUUGUGCUCUGCUUCUAUUUGGCCAAAGAAAGAUCUUGUCCUCCUUCUCAAUAUGUAACCUCAAGAAUUUUUGUUUUCUGCUUCAUAAAGUUGAUGUAUACUAUAAAACUUGUGAAUUUGGUUGAUCGGACAUUUCAGGAUUAUCUUCGACGGUUGUUUUUUGUCGUCCAGUCAAAAGAAAACUGCUCACUUAGAAUCCAAGCAUCUGGAUCACGUUGAUUGGACUGCCUUCGCAGUUUAUUGUUUGAAUAGGUUUAACUUGUUAGUUGUUUCCGUUGCGGACUAAAGAGCUGGUGGUAAAAGGGGCUCCUUGAAUGAUUUCUUAGCUUAACCUUCUCUGAGACAGCGCGAGUUGGAUUUGAUGCUUGUUCCUAGACAAUGGAGAGUUUUCAGUUUCUUUAGCAUUAGGUACCGUAGCCUAUCGAAAAGAUAUGAAGAACAUUCUCAAGAAGCUCCAUAUCAUGUCUAAUCGAUCAGAAGAUGCGGCAGGAUCUACUUCAUCGAGAGGCCACAAGUCCAAUGAUGGUUCAUUCCCCAAGAAGCCAUCAAACUCUCGCUCCCCUCAAAAUUCUGAGCAUAAACCCUUUCCGGGGCUUUCGAGCUGGUUGCACUCGGUUGCUAACAGGCAGAGUCUUGGUCCUCCAUCUUUGAAUCUGAAAAAAGGAGAAAGAGUGGAACCAUCUGAUUUAGUUAGCAGUGGUGGUUUGGAUAUUGUUUCGGGUUCAGCGAGGCGUGAUUCUGGGUCUAGCACUUCGAGGGAUCCCGAAGUAGAGGAAGAAUAUCAGAUACAAUUGGCUUUAGAGAUGAGUGCAAAGGAGGAUCCCGAGGCAGUGCAGAUUGAAGCUGUUAAGCAGAUCAGUUUGGGCUCUUGUUGCCCUGAUAAUACACCAGCUGAAGUUGUGGCCUACAGAUACUGGAAUUACAAUGCUAUUGGUUAUGAUGAUAAGAUCUUGGAUGGUUUCUAUGAUCUUUAUGGGAUCUUAAAUGAGGCCCAAUCAACCUCUGCAACAAUGCCUUCCCUGGUGGAUCUGCAAGGGACACCGACCUCAGAUAGUGUCGCUUGGGAAGCAGUCUUGGUCAAUAGGGCUGCUGAUUCAAAUUUAUUGAAACUUGAGCAAAAAGCCCUGGAGCUGGCUGUCAAGUCAAGACCAAAUUCUGAAGUAGUUAUAAAUAGUGAUUCGGUGCAGAGGCUUGCCAUAUUAGUGGCAGACUAUAUGGGUGGACCGGUUACAGAUCCUGAAAGCAUGACAAGAGCAUGGAAGAGUCUUAGUUACAGUCUGAAAGCAACUCUUGGUAGCAUGGUUUUGCCGCUUGGUUCUCUGACCAUUGGAUUGGCUCGGCAUCGAGCAUUGUUGUUUAAGGUUUUAUGUGAUAGCAUGGGCAUCCCAUGCUGCUUGGUCAAAGGACUACAUUAUACAGGUUCUGAUGAUGUGGCCAUGAACUUUGUCAAGGUUGAUGAUGGAAGGGAAUACAUUGUUGACCUGAUGGCAGAUCCUGGAACACUUAUUCCAUCUGAUGCAACUGGAUCACAUAACGAGUAUGAUGAAUCUGUUUUUGUGGCCAGCCCUUUGUCAAGGGACCUUGAUUCCUCCCAUGUAGCAUCAUCUAGCAGCGGGAUUGGAAGUUCAUCUGAAGAAGCUUCAGACUUUGGUACAUUUGAUAAAAGAAACAGAUCAAAACAGAUUGCCUAUUUGGGCAAAGAAUCUUAUAUAAGCAGGCCCACUACCAGUGAAGACGAAUCAAAGGGCCCAUUGUUGAUGCAGGAAGCUCCUGGUAGACCAAAUUAUCCCUACGUUCAUGUAAGAUCUCCUUCUUGGACCGAAGGGAUCAGUUCCCCUGCAGUACGUAGAAGGAAAGUGAAAGAUGUUUCACAAUAUAUGAUUGAUGCUGCAAUGGUGAAUCCUCAAUUAGCUCAAAAACUUCACGAUGUUUUACUUGAAAGUGGUGUUGUUGCUCCUCCAAACUUAUUUUCUGAAACUUAUCACCAGCAGUUAGGUGCUCCAAUUGUUGAGAAUAACUCCAACACUGGGGAAAAUGAAUUUGAAGGGGAGAGUGGGAAACAGGAAGCUCAGCCUGAUUCCCACCAAAGUCCUGCUCAAUUCUUGCCUCCUUUGCCUCCCUACAGAGCUCAUCUCAAAGCAAUUCCUAGCAGUCAGCUUGAGCAAUCCAAGCCUUUAGAAGGUCUAGGGAUCAACCUUCCUUUUGAUCAUAGGGAAGUAGCUGGACAGCACUUGCUAUCACAUGCAGAAGCAACUCUUACAAGAUAUGGGAAGAAUGUACCAGUUGCUGCAGCAGCAGCAGCUGUUGUUGCUUCAUCAAUGGUAGUUGCUGUGGCAAAGUCAAGCAAUGACUCAAAUAUUGAGCUUCCUGUUGCAGCAGCUGCUACUGCUACUGCUGCAGCUGUAGUAGCAACCACUGCAGCUGUUGGUAAACAAUGUGACCAGGGAAGUCGAAGUGAUGGUGAUUCAGAUGGUGCUUUUCAUGAGCAGGGGGUUAGCGAUCAUGGGGAGCAUAGUGUUUUGGGAGAAAACACAGAAGGUGAGAGAAUAUCUGACAGAUCAAUAAGUAAUGAUAGCACAAAAUCUGAUUCUGCACUAGAUGAUGUUGCUGAGUAUGAAAUUCCAUGGGAGGAUAUCACACUGGGUGAGCGUAUUGGGCUUGGAUCAUACGGGGAGGUAUACAGGGGUGAAUGGCAUGGAACUGUGAGUUUUGAAGUAGCUGUAAAGAGAUUUUUGGAUCAAGACAUCUCUGGUGAAUCUCUUGAGGAAUUCAUAAGUGAGGUCCGAAUAAUGAAAAGGCUCAGGCAUCCAAAUGUUGUUCUCUUCAUGGGAGCUGUAACCAAACCCCCAAAUCUUUCAAUUGUUACAGAAUUUCUUGCCAGGGGAAGUUUGUAUAGAUUAAUCCACCGGCCUAACAAUCAAUUAGACGAGCGAAGACGACUGAGGAUGGCCCUGGAUGCUGCGCGAGGAAUGAACUACUUGCAUAACUGCUCUCCAGUGAUAGUCCAUCGUGAUUUGAAGUCUCCAAAUCUUCUUGUUGACAAAAACUGGGUUGUAAAGGUAUGCGACUUUGGUUUAUCACGAAUGAAGCACAGUACAUUCCUUUCCUCGAGAUCAACUGCAGGAACAGCAGAGUGGAUGGCUCCAGAAAUAUUAAGAAAUGAGCCUUCAAAUGAAAAGUGUGAUGUUUUCAGUUUUGGGGUCAUAUUAUGGGAGCUCUCUACCAUGCAGCAACCCUGGGGGGGAAUGAAUCCAAUGCAAGUUGUUGGUGCUGUGGGUUUCCAACAUCGCCGACUUGAAAUCCCAGAUGAUAUGGACCCUGACAUUGCAGAUAUUAUCAGAAAAUGCUGGCAGACAGAUCCAAAGUUGAGACCAAGCUUUGCCGAAAUAAUGGCAGCUCUGAAGCCAUUGCAGAAGCCAAUCAUUAGUUCACAAGUGCAAAGGUCAAGUGCAUCACGAGUUGCACAAGACCCAGCUGGAUAGGAGUCCAAUGAGUAUACAGCUAACUAAACCCUUGUUCAAUCUACUGCAAAAAGUGGAAGGCAAGUUGUAGAGUAUUUGAAAGAGUGAAGAAGUGAUUGGUUGAAGUUGAAAACCAUGACCUCUCGUACAUUCUCAUUCAAGGUUGUGAUUCUUUCCACUCCGGUUUUUCCUCUUUUUUUCUUUUUCCCCCUUCCCAACAAUCCAAUGUGAAGCCAUUGUUUAUCAAGAUUGUCCUGUAUGUGCAAUUUGUUUGUAUUAAAUUCUUUUGAAAUGGGUGUAAUCAAUGUAUCAAUUUUGUUACUCAGAAGUUUUGUUCAAAAAAGGAUAGGAUCGAGACUGAAAGCCAUGUGCUGCUCGAGCUAGUUGGCGUGGGAAUUGGGUAAGUUUGCAGCAUCGAAUUGUAUGGGAAUCCUGUUUGAUUAUGCCAACUUCUCUCAUUCCUA